CUUACAUCAACCAAAAAGAAAAAAAAAAAAAGAGAAAUACUGUGAUCUUUCACAAAUAUCUGAUGAACAGAUAGAACUCUAUUGGUGGUCAUCGUACUAGUACUUUCAUUAUCGAUCGGGUUCUUAUAAAAAAUUAAUUCAUCGGGAUCGUCAUUCAGGUGCUCGUCAUUAAAGAAAAUUGAAAUAAUGAAUCAACCUCCGUUUACAAUACGAAUAAGGACAGAACAAGAACAAGACAUGGAUUGGAUGGUUCAGCCUAAUGCCAUUAAUUUUCACCAAGCAUUGGAGGUGAUUGCCCAAGUUCUUCCUCAGACAAGUGUCACAGCGUUUGAAUAUGAAGAUGAAGAUAAUGAAAGGAUAACUGUACGAAGCGAUGAAGAAAUGGCGGCCAUGUUUCAAGCUUACUUUGAGACACUCAGUGAGGAUGAUGUACAGUGUGGACUCCUGCCACCCCUAAUCAUCUACCCUAGAGUGGGGAAAACGCCACAGAACAGAAAUAAAUUUGGAUUAAAGAUAGACACUCAUCCAGGCUCCAGAUCUUCAAAGCCAGUUCAAACUGUGAAACAUAUACCAAGACAAAACCAAAAACCAAAGACAGAACUUGCUCCAGAAAAUCCACCGCCUACUCAAAUCCCACCUAAUGACCCUAAUGUAGCUGGUGCCCCCACUAUACUGGUUCCCCAGCCUCAGAAUCAAGCAGAAUUCCAUUUACAAAAUGAGCCGGAUUUUAAGUUUCUACAAAUGCUUGGAGGAGGAAGUGGAGGGCAGGUAUACAGAGCAUUACAUCAGCCCACUGGGACGAUAAUGGCAGUCAAAAUCGUGAAGUUAGAGGUGGAUCAAAAGACACAAGAACAAAUUCUAUCUGAACUGGACAUUCUUAACAAGUGCCAGUCCCCAGUCAUAAUAGGAUUCUACAAAGCUUUCUUCAAUGAAAACCGCAUCUACAUAUGCACUGAAUUCAUGGAUGGAGGUGCUCUAGACAAAUAUGCCCACAUUCCUGAGCCGGUUCUAGGAAGAAUGGCCGUAAUCAUUAUUCAGGGUCUAUCUUACAUGUGGAGCCUGAAAAUUCUCCACAGAGACAUUAAGCCUUCCAACAUUCUAGUCAAUACUCAAGGUCAAGUCAAACUGUGUGACUUUGGAGUCAGCACACAGUUGGACAGAUCUAUUGCCAAAACUUACAUAGGAUCUAAUGCAUACAUGGCACCUGAGAGGAUAAAGGGAGAAGACUAUGGUACGCCAGCUGAAAUCUGGAGUCUGGGAAUCACAUUAUUCGAGUUAGCUACAGGGAGGUUUCCAUAUCGUCAUAAUCCAGAGAAGCCAAUGGGUCUCCUAUCCUCCAUAAUUAAUGAUGAGACCCCCCAGCUACCAGAUGACCAGUUCUCUCCGGACUUUGUCAAUCUUGUGGCACACUGCAUGCAACAAAAACCUGAAGAUCGACUCACUUUAGAAGACUUAUCUAUUCACCCCUUUAUACAAAGACACAAUGACGGGAACAUUGCUGUGAUUGCUUCAUGGGUUCAAAACCGACUGGAGGAAUUAUCCCAGAUUCAGUAACCUUGAAGGGGACAUCUGAUGAUGUUAAAGACUAGUCAUAAUGCUGAGAAUGUUUUAUUGUGCCAAGUGUAGAAAGAUAGGAUUUUAUUUAAUGAACGAGGUCAUCCGAAAAUCAACUGGAUGUUGACUUGAAAGUCAUGUUACAGAUUUGUGCUGAAUAAUGGAGUACUCCAAAGCUUAGUAUUUAUCAGGCUACUAUUUUAUAUUUAUAUGAUAGUCAAUAAAUCUUUUAUAACUACAA